GGUCGUUUUUCUUGGACACUGAAAGCACAAGCAGAGAGGGAGAGGGAGAGAGAGGGAAGAAGAAGGUGAGGGAGCUGGGCAAUGGCGACUUCCUUUCAGGGGACGACGACCAAGUGCAUGGCGUGCGACAAGACGGUGUACCUGGUCGACAAGCUCACCGCCGACAACAGGGUCUACCACAAGGCCUGCUUCCGGUGCCACCAUUGCAAGGGCACCCUCAAGCUCGCGAACUACAACUCGUUUGAAGGAGUGCUCUACUGCAGGCCUCACUUUGAUCAGCUGUUCAAGAGGACUGGAAGUUUAGACAAGAGCUUUGAAGGAACUCCAAAGGUUGUCAAGCCAGAAAAAACAGUUGAGAAUGAGAAUGCUAUUAAAGUCUCGAGCGCAUUUGCUGGCACGAGAGAGAAAUGCGUGGGAUGCAACAAGACAGUCUAUCCAAUUGAAAGGGUUACUGUCAAUAACACCAUGUAUCACAAAAGCUGCUUCAAGUGCUGUCAUGGAGGAUGCACCAUUAGCCCCUCAAAUUACAUCGCACACGAAGGGAAGCUCUAUUGCAAGCACCACCAUAUUCAGUUGAUCAAAGAGAAGGGGAACUUCAGCCAACUUGAGAAUGACCAUGAGAAGGCAUCACAAUCUGGAUCUGUAGAGGAUGAAGAUUCAGAAUAUUAGUCCUUUGAGAAAUUUCCAGAGAUAAAUAAUGAUCUUCUUGCUUUUGCUCCAGAGCACCAUGUCUUUCUUUGCGCGGUCUUUACAGUUUUUUCCCAAUGAAGGUCAUGUGCAUUCAGAGAACAAUAAUAUUAUUUGGCUUGUAUCCGCUUGUAAAACCUUGUUAUAUUGGAGUCAGAAUGUCUACCUGGUUUGAACCUUUA